ACUAGGCUACUGUCAACCUGUGGGAGCGGCCGUUUCGCCUGCUUGGAUACGGACCUUCACCCGGUAACGGGUAGGCCCAUCCAUUAUUAAUCCUCUUGCUUUAAUAAUCGUGCGGCCAAUUUGUCACUACGCCCUCUGAAGCUCGCGCUGUGAGCGUGUGGGGGAAAAGGAACAUCGGCCACUUGGUCGCUCGACCGCGCUGACGGUGGGAUCAUGCCAAUCAGUUCAAAGUGGCACAGAAAUCCGGCGGCGUGAGAUGACCCACAGACAGUCCACUGCUCUGCUUCCUCAACGCAAAAGAAUAUGGGCUACACAGCGAAUCAACCACGAACCACGAAAACCUCUGGAACUCAAACUAAGUCCAGCGAUACCGGCUUCGACGGACCGCUGGAACACUACGACAGUCUCGUCGGUAAAGGGGCGCUGAACGAGGACAGGCGGCAGAGAGACGUGGUCCGGCGAUUAGACAAGUUGCAAAAAUCCGUGACAGAAUACAGCAACAGACUCCUGUCCUUUCGGUUAAAGGGGACGACUGCCGAUGAUUCACGAGGCUCCGAGCCAACGGACUCUGGCCAGAUGCCUGACGAGACGGAGGACCAGCUUUUCAUCAAACCGCAGUCUCCCAAAGGCUUUUACAUUCACGGCCAUGUUGGCACAGGAAAAACGAUGAUCAUGGACCUGUUUUACUCACAUGUGAAGAUUGCGAGGAAGAAGAGGGUCCAUUUUAACGGCUUCAUGUUAGAUAUACAUAAGAGGAUUCACAGGCUGAGGCAAAGCCAGCCGAGGCGGACGUUGGGGAACAUGAGCAGGUUCUACGACCCGAUCGCGCCGGUAGCCCAGGAGAUCGGUGACGAGGCCGGCCUGCUGUGUUUCGACGAGUUCCAGGUCACUGACGUAGCCGACGCCAUGAUCCUGAAGCGGCUGUUUGAAAUCCUCUUUCUGAGAGGGGUUGUGGUAGUGGCAACCUCGAACAGACCCCCAGAAGAUCUGUAUAAAAACGGGCUGCAGAGAGACACUUUCGCCCCGUUCAUCGCCCUGCUGAAGGAACGCUGCCAGGUCGUUUGCCUGGACACUGGAAUGGACUACCGCCAGAGGGACAUGCCCGCUGCGGGGAAGCUCUACUACCUCACAAGCGAGGCUGAUGUGCGGGCAGACAUGGAUAAGCUGUUUGAUGAGCUGGCGCAGAAACAAAAUGAUAUUACUCGACCAAGGAUUCUCGAAGUGCAGGGCAGAAAGCUGCGUUUGAGCAAAACCUGCGGGACCCUCGCGGACUGUACCUUCGAGGAGCUGUGCGACCGCCCGGUGGGUGCUGGGGACUACCUGGAGCUGGCCAGGCACUUCGACACCGUCUUCAUUCGGGGCGUUCCCCGGCUCACGCUGAAGGAGCUGAACCAGGCGCGGCGUCUCAUCGGCCUGAUCGACACCCUCUACGACAACAAGGUGCGGGUGGUCAUCCUGGCCCAGGCUCCGCCCCACAGGAUAUUCGUUCACGCCCAGCAGAGCCCGGAGGACGAGGGGCACAGGAUGCUCAUGGAUGACCUGGGACUGGGCAAGGACGCGUGGAGGAAGUUCUCCAUAUUCACGGCCGAGGAGGAGAUCUUCGCCUUCCGACGGACGGUUUCCCGCCUGGCCGAGAUGCAGACGGCGCAGUACUGGGCAGCGGGGGACAGGAGCGGCGCGUAGCUGCGCAGACGCAUGCGCAUGCGCAGCCGGACCUGCGCAGACACAGCCGACUGCAGCGGGAAUACGAGCCGGUCCCUUCAGUGCAGUGCACCUGACCCGUCAAAUAAAUACUACAAUAACAUAGUUUUUUCAUCUUGUACAUACUCAGAACAUUAUAAAUAUAGAAAGGUAUUUAUAUUUUUCAGCAGCUUCAUUGCAGUCCUUCAUUUCAUUAAUUGGAAGGUAACCCUUGUAUGAAUGAUGAUAAUAACAGGUCUUAAGUUUAAGAAAUUCUGUUAAGUUGUAGUUAAGUGGAUUUGAGUUCCGAGCUGAAUUUCAUUUUUAAAAACGGACGUUACCGAGCGCAGUAAAAAAUGAAUUGAUCAUAAACAAUAAAGUAGAUAUCAUAUUAAACUUCCUUUGACAGCAUAUUUGUGUCUUUAUGGCAGGUUGUGAACCUUUUUUAUUGUAAAACAAACCACAAAAUGUGGACAUUAUAGCUCCCUCUGCCAGCAUCUUUCUGGAACUGGCUUUCAUGAAUUCCAGGUUUCCUACACUAGGGUCCUUGCCCUUGCUGGAAUGAGACACAUUGCUCCAUUUUAUUUGAAAAUAAAUUUGUUUAAUAUGUGUGAAA